UGAAACACAAACAACAAGAGAAAAGCAGCAGCAGCAGCAGCGACUCGGAGCCAGCAGACACACACACUGAGCGACCGUUGGAGGAGAGAGAAAGGCAAAAAAAAAAACCAACAGAUUAAUAAAUAAAAACACGGAGCACGAUUUUUUUCCCUCAGAGUACUAUUCUGUCGAAUGAAUACGUUUACAGUGUUUAAAAAGACCAAUGCAUACGAUAUAUUGGCUGUAGAAGCACCGUGCAGAGCAGGAGUCUGAAGGCGUGCAAAGGGAGGAGGACAGGAAAUUAAGGAGCUACCUCAAAGGUCUCCGUCAAUCCACAUUUCAGCUGGAGCGAGAGGAGAGAAGGCGCAGAGGAGGAGAGAAGGCCGACGAGGAGCGCGAGUCGUGCCUGCUUUUGGCAGCUGUUCCAGCAGCCGCUUGUGUUGUUUUUCGGCUGUUCAAUUAUUUUUUUUUUUCCUCCACCUUGCGUUUCCUGUUCUUUUUUUGACGAACUGGUUCAUAUUUUUAACUUUAAUGUGAGAUACAACUGCUGUAAAACAAAAGAACGGAAACAUUAUAUCUUUAAGAGAGUUUUAUUUUUGUCCAUUGUCAAUUUCGGAAGUUCUUUUUGUUUAUUUUUUGUUGUUUUUUUAUGUUUUACAACUGUUUUCAGCUGUGAGUAGCAGGAGCUUCCAUUCUCCAAACGAUCAUCAAAAGCCCUUCCUUCCUUAGUUAGGACCUGAUAACCUGGUAUUCCUCAAGCACCUGAAACUGGCAGCUAUUCUCUUGGUCUUUGUGUGUUUGGGGAGUUGUUCUGUGACCACAGCUUAAGCACCACUCAGCCUUCUAGUCACCUAAGCCUAACUAAAUCCAGCCAGCUCUAGCCUGGUCCAGCCCAGUCCAGCCUGCUCCGAUUAUUUGGACAGGAUACUCAGUUCUGUGGGGACGUGAGGAAUAUGACUGCUGAGACUCUAAACUUCGGCCCAGAAUGGCUUCGUGCACUGUCCAGUGGGGGGAGUGUGACGUCUCCCCCUCCUUCCCCCGCCAUGCCAAAGUACAAGCUGGCCGAGUAUCGCUACGGCCGAGAGGAGAUGUUAGCACUUUAUAUCAAAGACAACAAGGUCCCAGAGGACAUGCAGGAUAAGGAGUUUGCUGCUAUUUUGCAAGAUGAGCCCAUGCAGCCCCUGGCACUGGUGCCUCUCACCGAGGAGGAGCAGAGGAACUUCUCCAUGUCCGUGAACAGCGCGGCAGUGCUGAGGCUCAUGGGAAAGGGAGUUGGAGGGCCAGCACCCGCGGGAGUCGUCCGUGGACGAGGGGCCGCUCGAGGUGGGCGAGGCCGAGGCCGCGGCGAAGGGGGAUUCUACCAAAGAAGUAUUGAGGACACAGAGGUGGGAUUUGGUCGCAAUGUCCGAGAGAUUCAUCGCAGCCAGAGCUGGGACGACCGGGGCGAGCGACGGUUUGAGAAGCCGCUGCGGCGGGAGGUGGGGCGGCCCAGUUUCGAAGAAAGCAGCGGUCCCGUGGGUCCCGUAAGGAAAGAGUACACAAGGGCUGACAGCGACAACUGGCGCACCCUCCGUGAGGAGCAGGAGGAGGACGAGGGCGAGCCAGGAACCAACUGGAGGCUGUCCGGAUCCCGCAGGGACGACGGUGGUCCUCGCUCAGCAGGCUGGCGGGACCACAGCGGUGCAGGUGAAGGUCGGCGAAGGAAGUUUGAUUUUGACUUCCGGGACUCGGAGGGUCACGGCGCUGGCCGCCGUCGCGCAGGAAGCGAGGGAUUGGAGGACGACCGGGACGGCCUGCCAGAGUGGUGCACGGAUGAGGAGGACGGAGAGAUGGGGACGUUCGACUCCUCUGGAGCGUUCAUGCCCUUAAAGAAAGGUGGAAAGGAGACAAUCCUGGAGGAAGAUUUGGACUUUAAAGGCAUUGAGGAGGAUGACGAGGACGAUGGCUUCCCUGAUGCAGAGAGGAACAAUGGAGACGGAGAUAAAGACAAGGAGAGUAAAGACUCCCUUCCUGCUGCCGGGGAAGAAAAGAUGAAGCCAGCACCACCGUCCUCUUCCUCCUCCUCCCCCCCAGCCCACUGUGCCCCGCCAUCACUGGAGCUCCAACCAGAAAGUGCUGGUCAGGUGAUGGAGAACUCUCAGAUGAACAACAGCCACUCUGUCAAGGCCGGCAGCGCCCUUGCUGAUGACCUGGCCUCGGUGGGGGUCUCCAAGGCCCAGCUCAGCCCCAUCCUCGCCGCCGGCAACGCCUCCACCUCCUCCUCCAGCCUACCUCCCCCACCCUCCUCCUCUGCUGCUCCGCUCCUCCCUCCUUCUGGAGGAGACCCCGAGGACGAUGAAGGCCUGAAACACUUGCAACAGGAGGCAGAGAAGAUGGUGGCGUCGCUGCAGGACACAUCCAUGGAGGAGGAAUGCUUCACGCAUUCUCUGCAGCAGCAGCAGGAGAGCCGGAACACAGCGGCUGCUCUGCCGCUGUCUCACGAAGCCGCCAUGAAGUGGUUCUACAAAGACCCGCAGGGAGAGAUCCAGGGGCCUUUCACCACGGUGGAGAUGUGCGAGUGGUUCCAGGCCGGCUACUUCACCAUGACGCUGCUGGUGAAGCGGGGCUGCGACGAGGGCUUCCAGCCCUUGGGGGACGUCAUCAAAAUGUGGGGCCGUGUGCCCUUUGCCCCCGGGCCCUCACCGCCGCCGCUGCUGGUGAGGCAGCUCCCGCCGACGCAGCGCCCGCAGAGCAGCCGGGGGCCCGCUGGGACGGGGAACCUGGACCAGGAGCGGCUAAAGAAGCAGCAGGAGUUGGCGACGGCAGCUCUCUAUCAGCAGCUCCAGCAGCAGCAGCUAUUCCAGCUCAUUAACAGGUGCAGUGAGCAGGGUAUGAUGCCUUCGAUGAACCGGUCGAUGUCAGUGCCAGAUACAGGGCCCUUGUGGGACAUGCAUACCUCAGCUUCACAGUCGUCAGGCGGUGAAGCCAGUCUUUGGGACUUAACAAUGAAUCCUAAUACUCAGGGUCCAACUCUUGAACAGCUUCAGAAGCUCCAGGAGAGGCGAGACGCCGAACUCAGGGCGAAGCGCGAGGAGGAGGAGCAGCGCAAGAGGAGGGAGGAGAAGAGGAGGCAGCAGCAGGAGGAGCAGAAACGGAGGGAGGAGGAGGAGCUCUACAGACGCAAGCAGCGUCAGCAGCAGGAACUGCUCAUGAAGCUGCUGCAGCAGCAGUCGCCCCAGCAGCAGGGACCUGCAGUGGGGGGCUCAGGGUGGAGCAGUUCGCCCUCUUCUGGCCUCUCCAAGACAGCGAAGUCUCUGACCAUGCUGGAGAUGCAGGAGGCCGAGCGCAUCUUAAAGCAGCAGCAGCGAGCGCAGCAGCAGAGACAUCCUGGACUGUCCAUGGGGAGCUCUUCCAUGGGCGGGCAGUGGGCCGACGGCGUGGGCAUGUGGAGCAGUCUGGAGGGGAAGGGAGGAAGCGGCGGCUCCUCCAGCAGCAUGGGGAUGUGGGACGAGGCGGUGAAGAACCAGGGUGGCCUGCGGGGGAACACCAACAACAACCUGGGCUUGAAGAACAGCCGCAGCAGCCCCUCUCUGACUGAUCAGUACAUGAUGCGUCGUAAGAGAACGGAGGACGAGGAGAAGCUGCUGAAGCUGCUGCAGGGCAUGAAGCCUCAGGACGGCUUCACCACCUGGUGUGAACAGAUGCUGCACGCUCUCAACACCUCUGCCAACAACUCCUCUUCCUCUCUGGAUGUCGCCACCAUCGUGGCGUACCUGAAGGAGGUGGAGUCUCCCUAUGCAGUGCUGGAUUUCAUCCGGUCCUACCUUGGGGACACAGUGGAAGCCAAAGAGUUCGCCAAACAGUUUCUGGAGCGACGUGCCAAACAGAAAGCCAACCAACAGAGACAGCAGCAACAGCUAUCAAAAGAAGUGGGUGGGUUGAACAUGAACUUCCCUCUGCAGGACUCAAUGCGAGGUAUGAAUCCAAGCACUCUGCAGUCCAUGUUUCAGGCCAACCACAUGGGCAAAGCUGGUCUGUAUGACAACCAGGGAGGAAAGAUGAAGAAGAAACCACCCAUGAUGCUGCACUCUGAUCCCAGCAUCUUAGGGUACUCAUUCCACAACACGGGCGAAUGUCUGAGCAUGAAUGAGAUGGAGAUGGUGGAGGAUUACUGAUGUGACGCAGCGCAGCAGCAAUAGCUACCUGAGGCCUUUUCUGUCUUUUAAUCAGACAAACCUGAUGACGAAUGUGCACUGCUGGGGAACCGGGGGUAGGGAAAGCAGGGGGAUGGGGAGGGUGGAAUCGGUUUGGGUCGGGUUCUGUAAGGGAAGGGAGCAAAGCAUGAGAGAGGGUGAAGGGUUAAUCCCUUUAUCUCCCUCUUGUUGUUUAAAAAAAAGAAAAACAGGGCUCCCUGCUGCACCAGUUGAUCACUAGAGCAGGGGAGAGGGGGGUGAGCC